ACGAUGACAUACCAACACCAGAAAACCUCCAAUGAGUGACGUCACAGAUCCACCUAUAAAAGUAGUGGACCUGAACGAACUUCUCUCUCAUAAGUGUUGAUUUUUUUACCAAGCCGUUCUUUCUCGGUGUUCUUUUACCAAAACGCGCGUGUCUCGUUUUGAGUGGUUGGAGUUACGAUUACAGAAACGUCCUCUGAAUAGACAUGGGUAGAUUAGCUGUAGUCUUCUUGAUUUGUUUGACGCUUCACUGCGUUUUGUCAUAUUGGCAUGGACAGCAGUCCCAUCCUCCAAGGGUAGUGUAUCGUCAUCACUAUGCACCUUAUCCUCCAAACCCGCAACCUGCUCCGUUUAUUGGUCCAGUGCCAGCUCGACCACCAGGACCAAUUCAAUAUGGACCCCCUCUUCCACCUUUACACGGAGGAGCCGCAGCACCUGUUCCAUUCUUUGCACGACCUCCUCCUCCUCCACCACAUCCAAUGUAUAAUCAUGUUCCCUACGCACCUGCUGCUAGUCACCAUCAUAGUCUGCUCAAAGGUCCUCACAUCAUGCCUCCACCUUCCAGCCCAAGAUAUCCCUUUAAGAAUGUUUUCGGUAGCCCUUACCAUGGAGCCUAUAGUCAACAGGUACCCAGGCCAUCCAUUUUUGCAAAAAUAAAACCAUUCCUUUUCGGAGGCACGGGACCUAGAUCUUUACCGCACCAUCCAUAUUAUCCUAAUCAUUAUUAUCCUCAUCAUUUUACGCCAAACAGACCUUUACAAAACAGGCCUGUUGCCCAUCAUGGUUUGCCAGUUCAUCAUCCAUCUACACACAUGCACCAUCCGGCAACAUAUAUGAAACCAGAAAAAUCUUGCUCCUGCUCGCUUCAUGUAGGGCAAUUGACUGUCUACAAACACACAGAUAUGAGAUCCUCUUAUUCAUGCACUGAUCUCAAAGAUUGCAACUCUUUCUGCACAAACCUGUUCAGUAGCGAGGACCUCAGAGCUCAGACAAGAUCAGAUGCAUGUUUAAUACUUGGCAAGGACACGACAGUCCCGUGGUUCCGAAGAGACCAUGCAUGUGAACCUCACGGGGCUAAGAAUGAUACUAAACUCUCAGUUGAUCUUUGUUGUAAGAAUCUUCAACCAUGCUAGCAAGAAUGAUUGCUAGAAAAGUUAUUAUUAUUAACACUGAUUGGUCUUUUUUGCAGACCAUUAGAAAUCUAUAAAAUCUCUCAAAUCAUGGGCACAAUUAACUUCUCGGAUAAAGGCCAAUUCUUACUGGGGAAGACAUUUGGUUUGGUGCCAAGAAAACAUGUAUGAAAGAGAUAAACAUUCCAUUUACUGCCAAAAGAUGAACAUGGCAGUAAAGUUGGACAUUCACAGUGACACACAUUAAAUGUAGGUAUUGCUUAAAAAGAUGCAUUAAUUUGUUGCGAUAUAUAUAUUUCAUAUGCUCUCCUUUCAUAUGCAAUCAUAAACAAAAGUAUUUGCAUUGUAAUACCAAAACUUGAGAUCUUAGAGGAGUAUAUAUCAUGACUUCAGUGCAACUAAAUUAUUAAUCAUUUAAUGAUAGUGUAUAAACAUUACAAAUCUGUCAUUUCUCAUCAUGUUAUUGAAAUUACACAGAUUUAACACCGCAUAAAACAUCAUUAACAUUCUAGAAAUUAAUAAAAAAGGAUAUGCCAAAUAUUUAAGACUCUGAUAAAUUAAAUAUCAAAAUUUUAAAAAAAAUUGAUAGACGUUUUGCAAGUCCUUUAAUAUAUCAACAUAAAAACUUAUACCUCUUACCUAUCAGAUACAAAAGAAAAAAUAAACAAAGAAAAAAUAAAAACUGGUAAACAUUAACAAAGAAAAAAUAAAAACUGGUAAAAUUCAGUCAGUAUUUGGUAUUAGUUUAAAAUAAAUUAUGCUCAGUAUAGUUUAAAGAACUUGCUAGUCCUAAAAAAUAAAUGGAUUUGCAUGGAAUGGUUACCUUAUCUUGCAAAAU